AUGACAGACCCAGAAUCGACACCAGCACCGCUCCCAGAACGGUUUUCAGACUUGAAGAAAGCUAUCGCUGCCUCCUACGGGCCUGAUUUCGAGAAGGCGAGGAAGGCGUGGGGGGAGAUUGUGGAGGAGCUUGGGAGGUUUGUGCAGGUUGUCGAGAGGGAGGGAUCGGAUUACAUCCCUCGUGUCAAGUUCCAAGAGCUUGACUCGCUGAGCGAGGAGGAGAUUACCAGGAUUAGAAGAGUAGGAACAGUCGUGAUUCAAGAUAUCGUCGACGAUAAUGAGGCCAUUGCGUGGAGGGAAUCGUUGAAGGCGUUCGUCAAGGAUAACCCGGAUGUCGAGGGGUCCCCGGAGGAGGAUAAGCAGUUCUUCCAGCUCUAUUGGACAAGGGCACAGGUGCAGGCGAGGUCGCAUCCUAAUGUCCUCGCUGCUACCGUCUGGCUCAACAAGUUGUACCAUGUUAAAGAUGAGAAGCUGAUGGAGGCUGAGGGUGUUGACCUCUCCACGCCCUUGACCUAUGCCGAUCGGUUUAGAAUUCGACAUCCCAACAACCUCUGGCCGGGGUUUCCUCCUCAUGUCGAUGGAGGCGCGAUUGAGAGAUGGGAAGAUCCCAGCUUCAGAAAGUGCUUUGCGGAUAUCUUGAGCGGAGACUGGAGGAAGCACGACCCUUACGACCUCGCGGGGCGAUUGAACGCCAGAAGCUCACUGUACGGCCGGCCGAACCAAUCGAGCGUGUUCAGGACCUUCCAAGGAUGGUUGGCGAUGAGCGAAACAGCGCCGACUGAGGGGACCUUGAAGGUCUUCCCUGAUGUCCAUCUAUCGAACGCGUAUAUCAUCUUAAGGCCGUUCUUUCGCCCACUGGUUUCGCCGAAUUCUCCGGAUAUCCGGCACCCUAAAAAUUGGGAACUGGACCUGGACAGCAGCGGGUUUGCGGGCAUCUUCCCGAGGGACGGUGGGUACGCCGGUCCUCGACCGACGACCGCCUUGCACCCUCAUCUCGAGCUUGAAAAGACAAUGACGUCGGUCCCGAAAGUCUACCCUGGUGACGCGGUGUUCUGGCAUUGUGAUGUGGUGCAUUCGGUCGAGGAGGAGCAUACAGGCAGCGAGGACUCUGCAGGUCAGUACUGUGUACCAAUGUACAGGUGGAUACUAGCAACAGGUGGAUCCCCGGUGUCCACCCAAGUCCCCUUCACCUCCAAGUCAGAGUUGGACAUGUGA